ACCAGGCGCAUCUGCAGAGCCCUGCAAGGAGGACAUCCCUGUGUACACCUGCUCUCUGCCUGCUACCGAGAUGGUGCAAGUGACUCCAUUCCUCCUGAUACUCAGCAUGGUGCUGGUGGCUCCUGGCUACUCUGCAAAAAAGUGCGUGCUGACUGGACGCUGGAUGAAUGAACUGGGCUCCAACAUGACCAUCACGGCUGUGAAUGGAAAAGGCGAAUUCAGUGGCUUCUACCACACGGCUGUGACAGCCACCAUGAAUGAGAUCCAGGUGUCACCACUCCAGGGGUCCCAGCACCGCACGAACCAGAAGAGCCAACCCACCUUCGGCUUCACUGUCAACUGGAGCUUUUCAGACUCUGUCACCGUCUUCACCGGCCAGUGCUUUGUGGAUGAUGAGGGAAAUGAGAUUUUGAAGACCAUGUGGCUCCUGCGGUCACAGGUGGACAACAUCAAGAACGAUUGGAAGGCCACCAGGGUCGGCACCAACGUCUUCAUCCGCCUGCGCUCCCAGCAGGAGUGUAACUGGCAGCGAGGGGAUUCCCAGGCCAGCGGCAACGCCAACUCUGCAUCCCGCUCCUUCUGCUCCGCCGCCUGCUACUCUCAAUAAAGCUUUGCUGCAAACAC